AUGGCGCUGCCACCUGAGCAAAUCAAUAUCAAGCGUCGACGCGAGGAAGAACCUGUCGAGACACUAUGUACGAGACCAAUCCCCUUGUUUUACCCCCGAUUCAUUCAAUCCGCUGUGCAUCAGACCAAGCGGCGCUUCACGGAUUUUGUCUUCCACAGAGUCACUCUUAAAGCCAACCAAGUUGAGGAUGGUUCAAGUCCACCAACAUCGCCGCAUCCAGCCGCGCAGCGGCUGCUGCGUAGUCCCCGCUCUGUAAGCAGUCUGCAUGUGAAUAGACGAGCACCAGCGUCGUCCACAGGCGUGCCCACAGUGCGAGCCACCUCGCCAGGGGCUGAAUUCCGCGAAGCGCAGCGGGUAGCAACAGCGCGCAAAGAAGCUGAAGAGAGGCACAAGAAUGCCAUCUAUUCGGGCCCUUCGCCAUUCUCUGACCUCCCAGUCCUCCCCAAGCCUGUCUCGGGUGCCUCCAAUGCACCUGGAACGCGCAGCUCUGCACCAAGAUCAUCAUCGCCCAGCCGCGCGCAGGCUCUCCGUCGAUUCCAAAUCUCGCGCUCAAAUCUGGCUUCUCUUCACGGUACCGGCGGUGGCGUCCAAAAAAGGCGAGCUGGGCCAGCGCCUGGCGUUGCCGUGCUGGUUGAGCAACUCCAGCGGAAUCCUCAUUCCCGCAAGGGUUCUAUGGUCUCUGAUAUGAUUGCCGAGGGAGAGUCGUCUUCCAGGGGUCUUUCUGCUUUGUCCAAGGAGCUUGUUGCAGACCCAGUAGCUUCAUCGCCUACCAAGCCUCGCAAGCGCCCGGUCGUUAAUCAGGCCGAGAGAAAAUGGCGAGAAGAGCGCAAAAGCGCAAUCUCCACAGCGAAGCAAAACCUUUCUGACUCGCUGGAGAAAUCUGCCCAGACACAGGAUCGAAACUGGGAUGAAGAGUCUGAUCGUUUGGCAAGAGAGUUCGAGCAGGUCGCGCUGGAGAUCGAACAGGAUCAAGAAGAGGACCAUGGUAUGGACGUUGAUUCCCGGGUUGCUAGUCACGCACCUGCGCCUCGUCCUCAACCCGCCCUGAGCUCUGCUCCCAAGACACCACUGAAGCACCAACCACGGCUGCCUAAAGAACCCCGGAUUGCUCCCUCUCCUGCGGCUCCACAGGCGACAAAAAGCGACGAGGCUGUGGAGGAUGACGACGAGGGUGACUAUGUUUACGAUGUGUAUAUCCGUCGACCUCUGUCGGAAACUGAGAUGCUCAAGAACCCAUUGGCCGAAUAUGAAUCCGAGCAGCAGCAAAAAAGCGUCGUGAAGGGGCAACCGGGUGUUGGUGUCAUUGUCAUCACUGCCGAAGAUGAACAGUACUGGGAGGACUUUGUUGAGGAUGAGGAGGAGGAAUGGGAUAGUGAAGAUGCUGACUCUAAUGGUAUGUACUGCGGAUCCCCUAUGCCCCAAUACGGUCGUUCUUGCCCACUGCUCUUACCUUGGAUCUGA